AUGACCAAAAUCAUCAAAAUGCCUGUCAAAAGAUUAAACAAAGAUGGACCCAAGCCAGCAGGUUUCGGGAGAGUCAUCAAGAGAACACCAGGACCCAGGCCACCAGCAGCACUUGGAGCACUUGGAGCACUGGGAAAGGCAGCAGUGGCAGCAGGAGUAGGAGUAAAUGAUUUAGUACUUCGCCCGAACCCGAGAAAGCGCAAAGCCACUAGCCCCAAAGUACGGGGACCUCUGUCUUGGCAGCUUGAGAAUACACAGCUUCCAGGUUCCCUUCUCCGAUCAAACAUCUCGACGUGUGAAAUUGACUUUUUGGAUCUAGCUGAUGGCACCCCUAAUCAUGUUAUCAUGAGACUGAUGCUGCAGCACCGAAAGAAGAACGAUACUGAUCAAGUCCCCGCUGGCACCACAGGUAUCAAACUGAGCUUUGAGUUGGAUAUCGGUUUCGUCUCUUUGCGUCCAAUUGUCCAUAAAGGUUUCUUCAAUGCCGAACUUAUCUCGUAUACUGGUCCGCAUCCUAAAGCUGCUCGCACUGUCGUGCUGCCCGUUCCAGGUCCGGACCGUAAGACAGCGAGCGACUUUAUGAACCUUCUGCCCGGUUUAUACAUGCUACCUUGUGUUUCAAUCCCUCCGGAACGGAUCUUGUUGGUUCUUCCGAUUUCAUGUCUUGUGGAGGUACCAACAACUCCAGCUGCUUCGUUCCUCUGGCCCGCUUUCAACCUUCAUCAUUCGCUUCCAUCGAACGGAGAGCCCGUGGAGCCCGUUGCUACCCGUGUGCUGCCCGCAGCCUUUCCGCGGACGUACGUGCGUGCGGAUAUUCCUGGGGUUCCCGUGGGUACACUGGCCCCAGUGACGAAACGAAGUCCGAAAGCCGGGAGGGGAGGACGCCGAGUAUAA